AUGCUGGCGAAGAAGCAAUACCGCUGCAUACACUCUGCAACAUGCUUGUGCAAGAAAGGUCAUAUCAGCGAGGAGGUCUUAUUCCUAGUGUUUCAACAUCUGAAUUGGAACCCUUGCUUAAUUGCUAAUCUGUCCUGCGUUUGCAAAUGGUUUGACGACAUUGCAAAGCGAGUUUUGUGGAAAGAGUUCUGCCGAACCCGUGCCCCUAAAAUGAUGCUUGACUUGCAAUCCGGUGGAAGUCACAUUGUUGAUGGAAACUGGAAGGCACUGGGAAAGCUGCUGAUUUACUGUUCAGGAUGCAACAAAGAACUCUUUAGAAGCAUCCAUAUUCCAGGGCACUUUGUUUAUAGGACUCGGUUUUCCAGGACAUCAGGGAAAAGCUUUCUUUUACCCCAAUGCAGAACAGACGUUCUCUAUGUCUCUGACCCAUGCGAGCAUCUUGAUCACGGGGAAGGCGAUGAUGUGGGAUUUUUUCGUGGUAUAUUCAAGUCAUUUGCUGUUUCAAGAGUGAAGAAAAUGUUGAUCGGCAAGGAGGCCAAGUUUCAUCCCACAGAGGUGUGCCCCUACUGCAAGGCGAAACUAUGGAGCAUGCUCCAAGCAAACAUGGUUCCAAGUAGUGCCUGCAGCAGAUUGGGUGCAUAUGAUGACUGUAUUGAGUAUUACGUCUGCCUCAAUGGGCAUUUACUUGGUUUCUGUAUUCUCUUACCCCUUUCUGAUUCAGAAGAGGGGUCAGAGUUGGAAUGA